AUGAGAGAAGAAGCAACAAAGGGGAGUCCUCUCCCAGGGACCCCUGAGAUCACUAACUCUGAAGGAGAUGUGGGCAGCCUCACGGGAAAUGGUCCUCCCAAGGCUCCAUCAUCAUCACUCUCAAACAAAGAUGGAAAUGGAAAGGCUGUUCCCCACUAUCUCAGAGCGUCUGGGCGCUCUUGCCACGAUUUCUGCAAGUAUGGGAGGAAGCACACGUUCGAAUUGAAGGGGAAACGUCGCAUUUCUCCAUAUCUAGCAGCUAUUGAAAAAACUCCCCUCAAGGGAGAGUACCAUGUGAAGAUUCCUCUUCUGAUUGAGAGACAGAGGAGGUAUGCAGGUCCCCUGAAAGAAAAAUUGAAUGGUAAAGGGAAACUAUGUAAGGGAGGGGUUCCCUGCCCAAUGAAGAAACCUGGGAAGUCAGAGGAGUCUGAAGAAUCGUCAUCUCUCGAGGAAAUUGAGCCGCAUGAGGGGGUUGGGACCAUCGAGGAGACGGAGCCGCAUGAGGGGGUUGAGCCGCAUGAGGCCGUUUCUGAGUGCUGUGAAGAAUUUAGUACCUCUGAGGAUCUCAACCAGAGGAAAGCUUCUUCAAGGAAGGUUCAUCCGACUGUAGAUUCUGAAUCUGUUGGGGUAGAGCUUCGUCCUGCCAAGAAACCCUCGGCUUCUCUCAAGCCCAGGGUCCCGCAGAAGGUUCCGACCCUCAAGAGAGCCAUUUCAUCAGGGAAAGCUGAAGUCAGCAGAAGAGAGGGAGGCCCACCUGAUAAGAGACGAGAGGGUUCUUCCAGACCAGAUCUUUCCAGCAUGCUAAAGAAGCCGUCUUUCAGAAGAACCCAUCUCCCUGUGGAGACUGCGUCUGCCCAAGAAAGGGUCCAAGCUCUGAAGAAACCCGCUGCAUCCACUGAACCAAGGGCCCUGCAGAAGCUUCCAUCCCUCAAGAAGCUCUCUGCAUCUCUCAGGCCGAGAGCCAUACAGAAGAGCCCAUCUGUGAAGAAAGUGCCUUCGAUAUCGCUCAGACCGAGAGUCACGAACCCACCCCUCAAGAAGGAUGGUUCUACGGCCUUGCAGAAGCUUCCAUCUGUGAAGAAGCCCUCUGCGUCUCUUAAGCCCAGGACCAUACAGAAGGUUCCAUCUUUGAAGAAACCCUCGGCAUCUCUCAAACCGAGAGUCAUGAACCCAUCUCUCAAGAGGGCUGUCUCAUCAAUGAAGGCCCAGGUCGGCAAAGAAGAUGGGUCUUCUCCGGCUGAGAGAUCUGACGGGUCUUCUUCCAGACCGCCCAUCUACGGAAAGUCAAAGACCGCAGCUACCAACCCAACGUCUGUGCGGAGAACGGGAACAAUGGGUGAGAAGAAAACGCCAAGUCAGCGAUCGGAUUCCACGCUGCUGAAGCCCUCACUUGGUCAAGGCCCGGGGCUCACCAUAAAGAGACUCAAGAAGACUGAGUCUUCUCCUGUGGAACAGUCAAAAGGAGUGGGGAAGAGUCAACACGAAAAUGUGAAGAUGAAAGAGAAAGCCCUACGAGCCGUUGAACCAAGAUCAGCAAAGGGAAAGGGCGUGGACUCUGCGCCAUGGAGGGUCACUACUGGACAUGGGAAAGAAAGAACAAGAGCCGUCGCCGUAAAUCAAGGCAAGAAGGUUGCGAGAAGGGACAUAAAAGUCAACACCGAAGACAAAGCCCCAACUCCUUGCAGGUUGACUUUUAGGAGUGGAAAGGUGGUUAGCCCCCACCAAUGGGUCGUCGAUCCACCGAGGAGACUCAGGUUCAGGCAAGUGAAGAGGAUCGGCAGCAACCUCAGUGAGACCGGGAAGCGGAGCUUCAAGAGGAAAGAGUUUCCUAAUGGGCACUCGAGCCAUCACCACCCGGAAACCCACAAGGUGGUGUUGAGGCAUCGGGAAAUCAAGGAUAAGAAGGAUUGCCAGGCCCUGCUCAAUCACGUCAUCGAAGAGACCGCCAGCAGGCUCGUUGAGACCAGCAAGAGCAAGGUGAAGGCAUUGGUGGGCGCCUUUGAAACCGUGAUCUCUCUUCAAGUAGGCAGGCCUGCUGCUCCAGUCUGA